UCACAAGCUUUGAACGUUAGCAAAAUUAUGUUACCUACCACCAGUCUCUCCCUUACUAUAUAGAGAUAUUUACAUCAACACUAAAGAAAUUAUUUCUGUGCAGAUCUUAAAAAGUGGAUACAACAGGUUGUUUAUAAACAUCUACAUUCUCAAUUACAAAAAAAAAAAGAACAGAGAAAUGGGAACAGAGAUGGUAAUGGUUCACGAGGUUCCUUUUCCUCCACAGAUCAUCACUUCCAAGCCCCUCUCUCUUCUGGGCCAAGGGAUCACCGACAUCGAAAUCCAUUUUCUUCAAGUGAAGUUUACGGCGAUCGGAGUUUACUUAGAUCAUUCAGAUGUUAAAACCAAUCUUGAAAACUGGAAAGGCAAGACCGGAAAAGAUCUCGCCGGCGAUGACGACUUCUUCGACGCCCUUGCCUCCGCGGAGGUGGAGAAGGUAAUAAGAGUGGUGGUGAUAAAGGAAAUAAAAGGAUCUCAGUACGGAGUGCAGCUAGAGAAUGCGGUGAGAGAUCGUUUGGCUGCGGAGGAUAAGUACGAGGAAGAAGAAGAAACCGAGCUCGAGAAAGUCGUUGGCUUUUUCCAGUCUAAGUACUUCAAAACUCAUUCCAUCAUCACUUACCAAUUCUCAGCCAAAGAUGGUACUUGCGAGAUUGCGUUUGAGACGGAAGGUAAAGAAGAGGAGAAACUGAAGGUGGAGAAUGCGAAUGUGGUGGGGAUGAUGCAGAAAUGGUACUUGUCUGCAAGUCGUGGAGUUUCACCGUCCACCAUUGUCUCCCUCGCCGACUCGCUCUCCGCAGUUUUAACCUAAAAUCCCUUAUAAUAUAUAAGCCUCUAUGUGCAUGUAUGUUUUUUUUUAUGUUGUAUUAUGUCAUUGUACGUUAAAUUGUUUUCUUAUCUUUAUAAAAUGAUCAGUGGUUACUUGUUUUUUUUUUA